GACGGUUUUACAAUGACCUGGAAUCUAAAAUGGCCGCCAAGUAUGCCAAACUUUCGCGAUCAUGGCAUCAACUUUGACGUUUUUGUCAACCUUCAGCGGUGAAUUGCAAUAACAUCGAUUUUGAAGCCCAGGUUAAGUAUCCUUACAGGUCCUUAAGCUUGCCAGAAUCUCAUCUGAAGCGUUGAUCAGCUUUGAAGCGACAUAUCUUCGAACUGUCUUCGCCGUAAACAUACUUCCGGGUAUAACGAGGCUCCAGUUGAAGACUUCUUAACAACAACGUUAACAUGGAUGCCAGUGCACUUGAAGUAGACGCCUUUAGCUUUGCUAGCGUCGCGGUCCGGCUAGACCAGGAAGGCAAUCACGACGAGGCCAUCUUCUACUACUUGGAGGCAGCGGAAGCUCUGCGGAAUGCGGGCCAGGCUGGAUCCAAGCUGGCGGUGGUGGAGAAGGCCAUGGAGUACCUGGACAGGGUGGAACAGCUCAAACAGAUCCGCACAGGGGGAGGAACCUUCCAGAUGAAAACACAACAGCAGAUUGACCUUGAGAGGGCGCGGUUCCUGAUCGAGCAGGCGUUUGAAGAAGAUGAGAAUGAUAAUAAGGAGGAGGCGGCUGAGCUGUACAUGGAAGCUGUGGAGCUGUGUCUCAAGGCUAGAAAGGAGACUACGGACGGGGAACUACAAGCCAAGCUGGGAAAAUUGGCCACAGAUGCAAUAGAAAGAGCUGAACAACUGAAGAAAAAACAAGCUACUACCCAGAGAGGGGCAUCUCCACAGAGACCAGCUACAAACAGAGCCAUCCCUCCCCUUGGAGUUGCAGGUCUCAACCUGAGCGAUGACACACCUGCCAGCAAAGGGUCAGGGGGUGGUGGUGGUGGAAAGAAGAGUCCCACAGGAGGUGGUGGGAGGUAUACAGCAGAAGAAAUUAAAGUUCUUAGGCACACAUCCAAUAUCAAUGGAAGAAGUUACGUGCCCUUCAUGUCUGUGGAUCUAAAAGAGAGGUUUGCAUUCCCAGUACCAUUCAGUGACAAGCACGGGAAGCUGGCACUCUCUCCGAAGCAGAAGACUCGAUUCGCUCGUUGGGUCAGACGGUUGUUUCUGACUGUUCCUUUGUUGCAUCGUUGGGUAUCAGUGCUGCAUACGAGAGAAGAUUUAAGAAGAAACUUAUCACAAGCAUCAUCUACCCACAGAACAAGCGAGGAGAGCCACAGUACAAUCCUUGUGGGAAGUACAUGGUCAAACUCAACAUCAAUGGGGUGCACAGAAAAGUGAUAAUAGACGACUUCCUGCCCAUGGACCAGUAUGGAGAACUGCUGUGUUCCUUCUCCAACAACAGGAACGAACUCUGGGUCUCGCUCCUGGAGAAGGCCUACAUGAAGGUUAUGGGUGGCUAUGACUUUCCAGGCUCAAAUUCGAACAUUGACCUCCAUGCACUGACAGGCUGGAUUCCGGAGAGGGUUCCCAUCAGGCAAGGCUCCGAGGACUUCAACAAGAACGGAGUCUUCAACAUGAUGAGGUCACGCUUCCACAAGGGGGAGUGUCUCAUCACUGUGGCAACAGGUGAGAUCAGUAAGGCAGAUGAGGACAGGACAGGACUGGUGUGUACACAUGCCUACGCACUAUUGGACAUCAGGGAACACAAGGGUCUUAAGAUGAUCCAGCUGAAGAACCCUUGGAGCCACCUGAGGUGGAAGGGGCGUUUCUCAGAGCAGGACAGCGAGAGGUGGACACCUGAGCUACAGAAGGCCUUCAACUACGAUGUCAGGACUGCACAGUCUUAUGACAAUGGAGUGUUCUGGAUUGACUAUGACUCCCUGUGUCACUUCUUUGAUGUCAUCUACAUCAACUGGAACCCUGAGAUGUUCAGGUUCACCACAUGCAUGCACGAUGUUUGGUUGGCCAAAGAAGGCCCUAAGAAGGACCUGUACUCCCUGGGAGAUAAUCCCCAGUACAGACUGGAGGUUAAAGGACCCAAGGGUGGAGCAGCAGUGUGGGUCUUACUGACCAGGCACAUCACGGACAAGGAUGACUUUGCUGUGAACAAGGAAUACAUCACUAACCUGGUGUACAAGACUGGAGGAAGGAAAGUUUUCUAUCCAAAUGACCCCAGGCCUUACAUUGAUGGAGUGAGAAUCAACAGUCCACAUUAUCUAUGCAAAAUCUCAGUCAAGGAUCCUGGCAUCUCCCUGUACACACUGGUCAUUUCACAAUAUGAGAAGAGCAAUAAUAUCUACUACACACUGAGGAUAUACUCCACUUGUGAAUUCAACCUCACCAAAGUGCCAGAGCCAUACAAACUCGAGAAAACUGUGAGUGGACAGUGGAAGGGGUCCAGUGCAGGAGGCUGUGGUAACAACCCAGCCACCUACCCCAACAACCCAGUCUUCCAGUUUACACUACAGAACAGUGCCAACAACAACCAUGUUCUACUGGAGCUGAAAGGACCCAAGCAGUACAGCGUAGGGUUUGAUGUGAAGACAGUCACACUGACUGGAGAUGCAGACUCGCCAGGUGCCUUCCAGAAAGCUGCUUCAGGGGACUUCAGACAUGGCUACUGUGUGUUGGAGUUGGAAAACGUCCCGGGUGGAACCUACAACCUCAUCCCCUGUACCUUUCGUGCCGGACAGGAGGGGCCAUUUCUCCUCACUGUGUCCUCGUCAUGUCCCUUCACAGUCGCACAGAUCAAAUAACAACAGAUCAUCCCACAUGCAGGGGUUAUGGAGUAAUGCUGGUUCACCUUUAACUGAGGAUAACCUAUAUUCAUGGUUUGUAAGAAAAACGUAUCUAGGGAUAUGAAGUCGACGGACGGUGGUUUCAAGUCCGUAGACUUAAUACUCCUAAAUGUGCUGUUUUUAAAGACCACAGAUAAAGGUCACCCACGGAUAAAGGUGAACUAGAGUUAGAUCAAGAUCGUGGGAAUUUAGCUUUCGAAAAGUUAAGGUCAUACAUGUAAACAUAAAUGAAUUAUUAGAAAUUCAUUAUGACAAUGCCUGCAACUUAACAUUCAACUACAGAAACGUGCUAAAACGGCUGCUCUUUUCUCUGACUAGUGAUGAUAACAUUCUACAACAGUGCUGAAGAGUAUAACUUCAAUUAGAUUCUAGAAGCGUAAAAGAAGUAUGUGGAAAUCAAGAGCUUAUAAUCAUCUGUAAACAUUUAUAUGUGAAACUGUUUGCUCAUUUUUUUCUAUGAACUUGACUCCAAGACUUCUAGUUGCUUUUUUUUCAGUAUGUGUAAAAAGAAAGGUGAAACAAUGUUGACAGUCAUGUAAACUCAAGUUAACAUACUUAAGUUCAAUGUAUAAGUGUCUUAAAGUGUAAAAAAAUGUAUGCAGUGGUAAAAAUAUGUAUGCAGUGGUAAAUCUAUCAUUGUGUGCGACCUAGUAUAAUGCUACAGCAUAAACAAUCAAUGUAUAACUGAUGACAUAGCUGGCCUUAUCUCCUUAUCUGACUGUCUUGUCUUUACAUGUAGAUCUCAUCUUAGCUCUGCAAAAAGCGUAGUAGAAACCAGGAGCUUUUAAAUGUAUCCAUAUACAUGUACAUAACCUAUAAAUAGAAUAAUGGUGUUUUUCUUAUCAUUAUGAAA